AUGUUGAUAUUGAGUAGUACCAUACAUAACCUCAACAUUAUGAUACUUACAAACAUCGCUAAACAAGUAGUGCGAACGAUGUCGAAACCGAAUGUAUUUAACUUUUCCAACAUUUUAGCAUUUCGCUUGGCGUUGGUACAACUUGAAGUAAAUGAAGUAAAACGCAAAAAUGUAGAGCGGGCAGUUUCCUACAUUUCUAGCGCAAAAGAGCGCAAUGCUGAUAUUAUAGCUCUUCCUGAAUGCUUUAAUUCACCAUAUGGAAUACAGUACUUUCGAAAAUACGCCGAGAGUAUUCCUGAUGGUGAAACGAGCGUUGCUUUAUCGAAUGCAGCUAAAGAAAACAACAUCUAUGUAGUUGGUGGUACGAUGCCUGAAAUAGAGGGCGAUAAAUUGUACAAUACCUGUACUAUUUGGGGUCCCGAUGGAACUUUGAUAGCAAAACACCGAAAGGUACAUCUAUUCGACAUCGACAUUCCUAAUAAGAUUACUUUUCGAGAGAGUGAUUCACUCAGUCCUGGUAACUCCCUAACGACGUUCGAUGUGAAGGGCUGCAAAAUAGGUAUUGGCAUAUGCUAUGAUAUUAGAUUCGAGGAAAUGGCACGCAUUUAUCGGAACAAAGGUUGCCAAAUGCUGAUAUAUCCAGCGGCAUUCAAUAUGACCACUGGACCACUGCACUGGUCAUUACUUCAGCGUUCCAGAGCGAAUGAUAAUCAAUUAUACGUUGCUUGCAUAUCACCGGCUCGUGUUCCUUCAGCAAGUUACGUCGCAUGGGGACAUACACAGUUGACCAAUCCCUGGGGAAAGAUUCUUUACGAUUUGGAAACUCAAGAGAAUAUGGCAGUCACCGAUAUCGAUCUAAAAGUUGUUGAGGAAGUAAGGGCUCAGAUACCUACAUUUUCUCAGAGACGUACAGAUUUGUACGACACUGUCUGUAAGAAGGAGUAACUCUACACUAAAACAGAAAAUGUUUUUUUAUAAUAUUUCUACUACAAUAUCCUUUUUUUGCGAAUUAUUACUAAUUUCUUAUCAUUUGUACUAAAUGAAUGACUCAAUUAAGAAAACCAAAACGUUAUAAAUAAUAAUCUGUAUAUCUUGUGUAUCAACAUGUAAUUGGAUAUUAUAAUAAUAUAGGAAUGCUAUAAUAAUAUAGGAUAAUAAUAUAGGAGAAUAGAAUAAUAAUAUAUAAUAAUAAUAUGCUUUUAAACACCUUUAA